GCAAAAAAAAAUACAGAACACACAGCUUCCAAAAACAAAAAGGAAACGGAGUGAUUCUUUAAUCUUUCUCUACCGUCAAUACAUAUAUAUAUAAACACUAUAUAGCUCUCCUCUAUCUAUCUAUCUAUCUAUCUGCACACAAAAAAAAAAUCACUUCUCUUUUUAUUUUAUAUUUUUUUUAUUGAAUCUUCCUAAUCGCGAACAGAGAAAACAGAGUAAUGCAACAACAAGGUGAACCAUCGAUUUUGAGCUUGAGACCCGGCGGUGGCGGCGGUGGAAAAAGGCUUUUCGUUCCUCGCUUUAGCUCCUCUUCCUCCUUUGAUCUUACCAAUGGCGGUGCUACCGGAGAAACCCUUAUUCCCGUCAAGAGAGAAAAUUCUGGUGAACGUGUGCAGUUUAGCCGAGACCAGUUGCUACAGGUCAAACAGUCUGUUCAAGUCUCUGAUGAUAUCCUGAGACGCUGUAAGGAAAUUGCAGUUGAGCUUUUUGGCGAAGAUCAGAGUUGGGGGAAUCGUGCAGCCGAGAGUAAACCAACAAAUCAGCCACAGAAUCGUUAUUCCCAGCCUGAUACCCGUGACUGGCAUAGUCGUGUGCAAGUUCCAACCUCUGGUAAAGAAUGGUUAAGAGACGACUCUCGUGAAGCUAAAAAUACAUCUCAAUGGUCUGGUCCUGCCCCUGUGCUGGUGAAAGCAGAAGUCCCAUGGUCAGCUAAAAGAGGAGCUCUUUCAGAUAAAGACCGAGUCCUCAAGAACGUGAAAGGUAUUCUGAACAAGCUUACCCCGGAGAAGUACGAGCUUCUUAAAGGUCAAUUGAUUGAUGCUGGCAUCACUUCUGCUGACAUCCUAAAGGGAGUGAUACAGCUGAUUUUUGAGAAUGCUAUACUGCAGCCGACCUUCUGCGAGAUGUACGCUCGUUUGUGUUUUGAUAUUAACGGAAAGCUUCCUUCGUUUCCACCUGAGGAACCUGGUGGCAAAGAAGUGACUUUUAAAAGACUCCUUUUAAAUAAUUGCCAAGAGGCGUUUGAGGGUGCCACUGCAUUGAAGGAAGAAAUUAGAAAGAUGACUAAUCCAGACCAAGAAAUGGAAAGAAUGGAUAAGGAGAGAAUGGUGAAGCUCCGGACACUUGGAAAUAUUCGUCUAAUUGGUGAACUUCUCAAGCAAAAGAUGGUGCCUGAUAAGAUAACUCAUCACAUUGUCCAAGAGAAGACAGUAAAGCUUGCCCAGCAGAGGGAGAUGUUGAAGCUCUCUGCCAAUUUUUUGUAACCAUUGGGAAGCAACUUGAAGAGAAUCCAAGAUCUCGAGGUAUAAAUGACAUGUACUUUGGCCGUCUGAAGGAACUAGCAAUGCACCCUCUACUAGAGCUGCGCCUCAAAUUUAUGGUCCAAGACGUUAUUGAUCUUCGACGUAACAAAUGGGUACCGAGGCGUGAGGAGGUGAAAGCAAAGAAGAUCACCGAAAUCCAUUCCGAGGCAGAGAGAAAUCUCGGGUUGCGUCCUGGUGCAAUGGCAAGUAUGAGAAACAACAACAACAACCGUGCUGCGGCUUCUGGUGCAGCGGACAGUAUUGGCUCUGGACACAUCUUUGGCCGUCCUGGUACUGGAGGAAUGAUGCCUGGCAUGCCUGGUGCUAUGAAGAUGCCUAUGGCUGAAGGUGGCUGGGAAAUACCACGGACCCGAUCCAUGCCCAGAGGGAAUAGACAAACAGUGCAGCAGCCUCCUUUUGUGCGUGUUCAGCCUCCUCCUGCUAUCAACAAGUCGUUCUCAGUCAACUCAAGGCUUCUUCCUCAGGGCAGUGGAGGCCUUCUUAAUGGCGGUGGUAGACCAAGUGCUCUUUUGCAAGGUAACGGUUCUAGCUCAGCUCCUCAAGCCUCUAAACCCAUUCCAACUGUUGAGAAGCCGUUACCACGGUCUCAACCUCAGCCACAGCCACAGCCACAGCCACAGGAGGCGGCUCCUCUGGCUAAUAGCCUGAACGCAGGAGAGCUGGAAAGAAAAACCAAGUCGCUUCUUGAAGAAUAUUUCAGUGUUCGUUUAUUGGGUGAGGCAUUGCAAUGUGUUGAGGAACUGAAAUCUCCAUCUUACCACCCGGAGCUAGUCAAGGAAGCCAUCUCACUCGGUCUAGAGAAAAACCCUCCGUUGGUUGAACCAAUUGCCAAACUCUUGAAACAUCUGAUCUCCAAGAAUGUGCUAACAUGUGAAGACUUAGGGGCGGGUUGUUUUCUCUACGGUUCAAUGUUGGAUGACAUUGGAAUCGAUCUGCCAAAAGCACCAAACAGCUUUGGAGAGAUUUUAGGGGAGUUGGUCUCAGCUAAAGCCUUGGAAUUCGAGUUUGUAGGAGAGGUUGUGAAGAAGAUUGAAGAUGAGUGGUUCAGAAAUAUCGUGCUUGAGGCGGUUUCAAAGAGUAUUACCGCGGCUAGCGAGAGUCCAUCAGGAUAGUGUCUAUAUGGAAUCGCAGGCGAAGAAGUUCUUAAAACUUUUACUUGAGAAUAGUCUGAAUCAUUUUUUUCUUAUAAAGGUUUUGAGUUAAUAUCAUAUACUUGGACGAUUUGGUUCAGCUUUGUUUACCUCUCGUGUUUUUUUCGUUCAUCUUGAGUUUUGAAACAUUUCAGGGUGAGAAAAAAAAGAAAGUUACAUUUGUUAUCCUA